CCCCAUCGGAUCACAGGCAGCCUCAGGGCUGGAGCUGAGCAGGUGAAGAGCUCCCCCUCCCUCUAGAGGCUUUCACAGCCCCAGAGAAAUUGAAGUGGUUGUCAACCGGGGUACGCAUACCCCUGAGGGUAUGCAGAGAUCUUCCUGUGUGUACAGCAACUCAUCUAGAUACUUGCCUAGUUUUACAACAGGCUACAGAAAAAGCACUAGCGAAGUCAGUACAAACUAAAAUUUCAUACAGACACAGUGACUUGUUUAUACUGCUCUAUAGACUAUACACUGAAAUCCUGACCAAAUAAAUAAAGAAAGAGAAAGAGGGGCACAGGCAGAGAGAAACCAUGGAGGAGGAGAGCAAGUUCUGCAAGAACUGUAAACGAGAUGUGUCUGCUGCCAAUUUCUCUCUCCAUGAGGCCCACUGCGUGCGGUUUCUUGCUAUCUGUCCAGAGUGUGAUGAACCUAUUGCUCUAAAGGAGAUGGAGGAGCAUCAGGCAGACGCACAUAAGCAGGUCAGAUGUAAACUGUGUCACCAAAGCAUGCAGAAAUACCUACUGGAGAAUCAUGAGUCCAAUGAAUGUAAUGAGCGAUCGCUGAAAUGCACAUUCUGUGAGCUGGAAAUGCCCUUCAAUAAGCUACAGAGGCACCUGGAAGCUUGCAGUAGUCGCACUGAGCUCUGUUGGGAGUGUAACAAAUACAUCAUGUAUAAGGACUUGGAUAAGCACAAAGACGUUUGUCAGAAUGGCAGUAAGCUAUCAAGCAAUGGUGAGAUGCACUAUCAACCCAGUGAGGAGUCUGCUUGUCAAACCUCGAUUCUCCCACCCUCAGGUCUCAGUGAAAAUCUUUGUCUGCAGUGCAAUAAGUGCUUCCCAGAUGACCAGUACCUCCAACACCUGAACGAGUGCAGCCCGCUCUCCAAACUUGCGGAGAUUCUUGCCAGCCAGCCUGUUACAAAAUCCCGCCCGCUCCCACCUCCCUCUCUGGUUACGUCUCCCCCCCACGAGAAUGCAGCCACAGCAUGGAAGGACGUUCGCCCGAAGCGGAAGGAAAAGGACUUUUCUGCCUCCAGGCCCUUGCUCAAACCACUGAAGAACAAAAAGUCAGCAGGCCGCCCUGCUUUCACUGCCACACUGGAUCCUGUACUGCCUAAGGCUCUCGAAGGCCCAAUGACUUAUGAUGUGUUGGUGACCUGUUCCCAGUGCAAUAUCCUCCUCCCAGGUCCGACUCUAAGGAAGCACGAGACCAAAUGUCUGCGUCUGGCUUCUUUGCAAAGUCUCAGGAGGGAACCAAAAUGGAGUCCUGGAAAACAAGAGGAGCCUUUCUAAGGCACUCCUGGAAGAAACUGGAACCAGAGAUGCCCCACCAGACCCCAGGCUUCAGUUCAGCGCUAGUAACGGCAUUCUAAACACAUGGCUUUAUACAUAGCGAAUAAAAGCAUCAUGCUUCCUACACUAGACUGAGAACCAAGAACCAUUCUCAGAAAUUUAUUCUGAACCAAAUAGGCUCGUCAUCAAGCUCCACCAGAAAGGUCUGCACAGCUGUGCCCCAAUGAGUGCCAUCCUUUUGGGCAUUAACAUGUAGUCCCUUCUUAGGGACUCACUUGUUCUCUAUGCCCUGCCUGUCACAAGAGCGGAGGUGAAAGGUCGAAUUCUCUUCUCAGCUAUGCUGGUACAUCGAGGCUGAAGGUGCAGUAACGUAACAGAAGUACUUGGCCCAUAGUGCUUACACUGAAGCCUUCAAGGUGUUGGCUUUCAACUUUGACCCUAACUUCCCAUAGUGAUCCAUCCCACACCACUAGACAGGUUGUACUCAGGUCUAUUGGGCUCGUUCACAGCCCUUCUCCCCCAACCACACACACACACGCCCUUCACCACUGAGAGCAGCUUAUGCCUCAUAGUCACUUAUUGGGGAAAAUAUUUCCCCUCAAGGAAUUCAUAAGCACUGUAGAUUUGCUGAGCAUCUGCCAUUCCCAUUAAUUUCAGUGAGAACUGUGGGCCUCACUGACUCAUAGCGUGUGGCCCAGCACAGCAAAGGGCUAAAUACUGGUCUCAUUGAACUUUAUGGGAGCUUAGUCAUUGACUGCAGCCCACGCAGCUUAGCCGCCAAGGUUCUGAGCACCCUCAUUGGCAGAUGAGAGUCUUCAGCCCCUUGUACAACUGAGCCCAAACUGCUUCCACAUUAACUGAUAGACGCAAAUGGUGGAAAAGUUAAAUCUCCAGAGCAAGUAGGGGUUGUAUAUUGAGGCAGAUGUUGAACUCUAGUUGAGUGGGAACAAAUAAAAAUGUUAACUGUGAAUAAAUAAGGUUAUUUCAUUGGUACCAUGUUUUCCCUGCACUGAAGCACUCCUAGCUGUAUGUGAUCCUAUCCCCUGGUUGCUGGAAGCGGAGUGUGGCAAACAAGUGACCUUGUUUGCUAAGUGCGUUCUCACCCAGUUCAUCUGAAUCCAUUUGAAAAUGAAUGUUGAUUUACAUUAUCUGAAGAAGCCACGCUGCCAAGCCACUAGUACGUAACUGGAUACCCUUUGCUUUGCAUCUCUGAUACCGGGAUGUUUUGCUGAUGAGAGCGUCAAUGAACCAAAUCGGACUAUCGAAAUGAGACCUACAAGAUAGCUCUAAGCAGGAUAGGAUUUUCCAAGGCUGCCAGCACUAGCCUCACUCAUUGCUUCCACUGAAGUCAAUAGCUGACUUUUAAAGAUGUCCACCAGUUUUGACAAGCCCAUCCUAAAUAUCUGCUGCACAACACUGCGUUAUGGAAUAUAGAUAGCUAGACAAUUGCUUUUUUGGGAGAAUGGGUGUGUAGCUGGGGUAAAAGGGCUAACUCAUACUCUGUAGCAGUUUCUUACAUUAAUUUUACAUUCAGUGUUUUACAGAUGUGCAUAGGAUAAUAAAUUUAGUAUCCCAAGACAUAAAAGUCAUUGUAAUGUGCAAAAAGCCAUAAGAUUGUAAUGUCUCUGAAGCAAAGCGUGUUUAGUGUCUGUGCAGAGCUCUACCACGAUGGGGCCCUGAUCCUUGACUGGGGUUUGUUGCUCAGUGCUACGCCAAUACAUUUUUAUUAUAAUAGAAA